AUGGAAAUUACCAACAACAAUUAAACUUGAUGUUUCUGAAGCUGUUAAAUAUAUUCUUUUAAUGGAAACAUGUCCAUGGAUUGUGAAUUGUUAG